AUGUCUGUGCCGGCCAGAGCUGUCCACAAGAGGAGGGCGACUAUCACAGAUCUGCCUCUCUACUACUGUGGACACCUGCAGAAGAAGCUCAGCAAAGAGAAGAGUUUCAAGAAGUACUAUGCAGAGCUCCGUGGAGCCACACUCUUUCUGUACAAAGAUGACACUCAGGCUACAUACAUAGAGAAGCUGGACUUGGGGCAGCUGAAGUCCAUGGUGUUAGAUUCUCCGUAUCAGAGGAAGACACCAACUAUCUUCACCCUCACCCUGCACCAAGAGGAGGUGCAGCUAAAUAUGGACAACUCUGACACAGGAGAGGAGUGGAGGGGUUACAUCCUGACGGUGGUCAAAAAAGAGAUUCCCAACAAGCUGCAGCUGCUGCCUGGCCAGAUGUUGCUGCUGCAGGAUGUUCUGGACCAGGAGAUUAGAAGAUGUCCCUUCAUGCCGCCGCCACCACCCCUCCCACCCCGACCAUCCUCCACCUACACCUUCCCCUCCACCGUAACCUCCCCCCCCCCAUCCACCUCCACCAUCUCUCCACCGCUCAAACACCAGCCUGACCAGAGCGGCCCUGAGAUGCCUGCGUGUUUCUUCAGUGUGACUCGGCAGGAGGCUGAGCAAAUGUUGGAGGCAAACCCCAAGUAUGGAAGCAUCAUCCUCCGCCCGUCCACCCUGACCAACACCUACGCCCUGACCCUCAGACAACAGAUAACCAGUGGACACGUCCUGAAGAACUUCAGAGUGACCUCCACAAACGCUGGGUUUGUCAUUGAACUGGACACAGCAGUGACGGUCUCCUCUUUGGAUGAUGUACUUAAAUACUUCCUUGAAAAGACAGAGUACCGUCUUCUUCCUUACAUGGCAUGUCAGGCCUACGACACUCAUAUCGACAUGUCACCUGCUCCAAAGUGCAUCAGCAUCACCUCACCUACACUUAAAACAGUACCCAAGGCACAAGUAGCACCUAUGCUGCAUUCACAAGCCGAAGAAAAGCUUCUGCCGACUACAACCAACCCAGAGGACAGUGAAUAUGUGGAUCCAGAUAAGCAUUAUCACAACCUAAAGCUGGUCCAGGAGGAUGGAGAGCUUCGGGAAGUUUUAAAGUUGAGGGGAAACUUGUACACUGACGAGGAGAAAGCCACCACAUCCGAGAAUCAAACCACUGAAAAAUCUCCCUCAGGCAUGGUACAGUGGAUCACAGAGAGUCGAGCGUGA